ACUCCAGCAGAUGACGAAUAACUUAACUCUUAUGUACCGUCAAAUGAUAACUAAUGCUCCGUGCCCGUUGUUGUUCUUUGGUAAGCCUUACCCUCUGGGAACUAAUCCCAGUCCAGGGAUGGGAACUAUUGAAAACAUUCCUCAUAAUGCUAUCCACGCCUGGACUGGUACAGUGCGAGGUUCAGUUUUGGAUAAUGGCGGACCGUCAUACGGUGAGAAUAUGGGUAAUUUCUACUCAGCUGGUUUGGACCCAGUUUUCUAUUGCCACCAUGGCAAUGUGGACCGGAUGUGGAAUGAAUGGAAAGCAACAGGAGGGAAAAGAAGGGAUUUGGCGGACAAAGAUUGGUUGAACUCGGAGUUCUUUUUCUACGAUGAAAACCGCAACCCAUGGCGUGUGAAAGUCCGAGACUGUUUGGACCAUAAGAAGAUGGGGUACGAUUACGCCCCAAUGCCCACUCCAUGGCGUAACUUUAAGCCAAUAAGAAAGACUACAACAGGGAAAGUGAAUACAGGUGCACUUCGACCAGCCAGCCAGGUAUUCCCACUCGCGAAGCUGGACAGAGCCAUUUCCUUUUCCAUCAAUAGGCCGGCUACGUCAAGGACUUCACAGGAGAAAAGGGAACAAGAGGAGUUGCUAACAUUCAACAAUGUCAAGUACGAUGAUAGCAAGAACAUAAGGUUUGAUGUGUUCCUCAAUGUGGACAAGACUUUUAAUGCGGAUGAGCUUGACAAGGCAGAGUUUGCAGGGAGCUACACCAACUUGCCACAUGUUCAUGGAAAUACUCAUACUGCGGAUGUUAAUUUCCAGCUGGCCAUCAAUGAACUGUUGGAGGACAAUGGCCUGGAAGAUGAAGACACUAUUGCUGUCACUGUGGUUCCAAAGAAAGGUGGCGAACUGAUCUCUAUUGAAAGUGUGGUGAUCGAGCUUGUGGAUUGUUAAGUCCUGUUUUGGUGGCUAUGGUGCCAAAAUUAAACUGUAGUGUGCACUUUUAUAUGUUCUUAUUUCUGUUAAAUAACAGCUAGAUUGCUGACUGUGUGUUUCUAGUUAUCAGAAUAAAUGUUUGUCU